AUGCCAACAAUAAAUUAUUUUAGUAAGUCUUGCUGUUCAAGUGAUGAUGAAGCUGAUGAUAAAAGAAAAUUUGAUAACGCAUUAAGGUAUAAAGAGUAUGCCACUAUUGAAAGACGCAUUAAAUCAUUUGUUAAUUGGAACAAACAAAUUACUGUAAAAGAAUUAGCUGAAGCUGGAUUUGUUUAUGAAGGUACAGAAGACAAAACUUUAUGUUUUUAUUGUGGGCUAGGGCUGCAUGAAUGGCAUGAAGCUGAUGUUGCUUGGGAGCAACAUGCGAGGUGGAAUCCGCGUUGCACAUUUAUGAUACUAGCGAAAGGUAAUGAUUACGCUCAAGCAAUUCAAUCGAGACAACCACCAAUAUUAAGUCGUGAGAACGCGAUUAAGUUAUUAACUAAUUAUCAUUAA